AACAACCAAUUAGACUUUUAUUAAUUGACUCUGCGUUCCUGAAUUUGUAAACAUAACAGUUCUCUACAUGGAGUAACAAUGUUUCUCCGAAUAUUAGUAUUAUUUCUCAUGGUAUAUUUAUCGACAUGCGAAGUGAAAGAUACGGCUGAUGUGGAAACCGUAGCGAUGAGUCGUAUGGUAGGCAUAGAUGCCGUACACGAUGGCAAUAAGAAGAUCGAUAAGGAUACCAUUAUAACUCGUAAUUUGAAACUGGAGAAGCGAAAUCGUGGACCUAAAUCAACUCCCAAAAACAACGUGGAAGAUAAAGAGCCAGAUUGGUCUUACAAGACUUUCCCUAAAGAAGUGGUCGAUCACGUAGAGCAGUUCAAAAAGAACAUGUCGGAAUGUCUUCGGGAGGUUCAAGCAAACGACAAGAGACCAGUCAAGCGUUUAUCUCCCAAAAUGGAAUCACCGGUCCACGGCGAAUGCCUUAUUGCGUGCGUACUGAAACGCAACGGCGUCAUUUUGAACGGCAAGGUUAAUAAAGAUAACUUGUUGUCACUGGUCAGCAAAUUUUACUCCAAGGAUACAAAGUUGAUGAAGAAGUUAGAAAAGAACUUGGACCGUUGCAUCGAAUUGAGUGUUCGUAUUCAAGAUGAAUGCUUAUUGGCAUCUAAGCUGAACGAUUGCACAAACGAUCUCAUGGCGAGCAAUAAACAUAAAAUCAGCGUUAAUUAUUAAUAAACAUGCCAUGAUUGAUAAAA